AUGAGUUCACGUUCUGGCAGUAGUGAUGAUGGCGGGGAGUCGUCAGCCCCACAUCCAUCAAAUCAGUCUACUUUCGACGAAUACCAGACGCGUGUACAGCAGGUCGCGUUGAAGGCAACUAAGCAAGCGUUUAUACUCCCGUUCGACAUAGGUUAUCAGCGUGCAGCAAAUAAGCAAUUCUCCUCGGAUUUAGACAUUGUCUCUGCCCGCAUCAUGUCUCUGACGGACAAGCUCUUGAGAUUUUCCUCUGACACCCACAUUAGAGGAAAAGGCAGAGCUCGGAUAAAGGAGGAAGAGGAUUUGACGCAAAGAUAUGACACAAGUGUUCUCGACGUUGUAGAUCAUCUGUAUGAAAUUGCUGACAGCAAUAUCGACGACUUCACAGGGAGCAACAAACCCGCCGCUAUUCCCAUAAAUGCUCCUACACGAAAAUCCAAUGAGCAAACACGGGGAAGAGUUCCAAAACCAAAAGCAUAUCUGGAUAAGGGGCCAUUACACCAUUCGCUUAUUCACGCCGCAGAUAUACCAAAGCCUCAGCUUCACUUCAAUACACCUGUCAAUACUGCCAAUGAUUAUGGCCCUUGGAAGCCCAAAAUUGAGAUAAAAUAUCACGCCUCUGUUCCACUCGACUACAUUCCCGAACCAAAUUCUGAAUCCUUGGAUACUCAAGAGGAUUUGCGCAUCGCAGCUCUCCAUCCUUAUCAUUACGAAAUAACCCAUCUGCAAUAUCCGGAUCACAUUUACAACCCCCCUGAAUCUCCCGUGAAACCUACACAAUCUCCCUUUGAAAACACCCCGUUCAAAUUCGUAUCCACUGUCGCGGAGUUGGAUGAUAUCCUCGCUGCUUUAAAAACAGUCCAAGAGAUUGCCAUCGAUUUGGAACACAAUGACCUCAGGAGUUACUAUGGACUCGUAUGUCUAAUGCAAAUCAGUACCAGGGAGCAAGAUUGGGUUAUCGAUACACUGGCCUUGAGAGUGGAGUUGUCUGUGCUGGGAGAAGUAUUUGCGGACCCCAAGAUCACUAAGGUACUUCAUGGCGCCUACAACGACAUCCUCUGGCUACAACGGGACUUGGGGCUUUACAUCGUGAAUAUGUUUGACACCUACCAUGCCUCAGUCCGGUUAGGAGGAUUCCCUAGAAACGAUCUCGGAUCCUUGCUGCGACAUUUUUGCGAAUUCGACGCUGACAAGAGGUAUCAGCUUGCUGAUUGGCGUAUAAGACCACUCCCAAGCGAGAUGCUAUUCUAUGCCCGCUCGGAUACCCAUUUCCUAUUGUAUAUUUAUGAUUCGCUCCGUAACUUACUCCUCCGUGAGUCUCGGCAACAGAAGUCUUCAGAUCCCAAUGAAGCCCUUGCCCAAGUGCUGCUUGAGUCUUCGCAGACAUCGCUCCGGCUCUACCUGCGUGAGUCUUAUGAUCUUGAGACAGGCAUGGGUGAGGUGGGAUGGGCCACAUUGCUAAGGAAAUCGUCCACAUACUUGGGAAGGAUUGCAAAGAACGUUUUCAUUGCAUUGCAUGCAUGGAGAGACAAAGUUGCAAGAGAGCUUGACGAAGGGACUGAAUUUAUCGCAGAGAACCGCCAACUUCUGAAAGUCGCCUCAAUGUUCCGUGCUCAAAGUUCUCAGCGGCCUCACGAUGAAGCGUCUUUACUUUUGGCCCUCGCUCCUCCUCGGCCUUCUCCAAUUGUUCGUGAUCGAGUCUCGGAGCUAUGGGAGAUUGUUCAGAACGCUGUUUCUCAAGAGUCCGAGGAGGGCACGGAAGAACAACAGUCGACUAGUGCUCCAGGUGCCGCACCCAACAAGUCUCACUCCAUGAUGGGUGGUAUUUCGGAAAUUAGUUCUUCUGUUCCUCCGAAUAUGACCCAACAUACAACCAGUUUCACAAUUCCCGACUUAUGGUCUGCACUUUCAGCCGCGGAAGGUAGGAAAGACGACCUGCCUGUCGCCGUGUCGUCGUCCAUGUUUGGAACCGCCCCGUCCAGUCUUCAGUCAACGGGUGACACCCAACCGUCGAUCACAACAUUCUCCAGCUCCUUGUUUGGAGUCGCAACCGCUCGAUCUCCCUUCCAUGUUGACAAUCGUGCAAAUUUUGUGUCGAUCCAACAAAAGAUCCAUAGCAGUCUUGUUGUUCCCACCGUCAGCCCUGUCACGGCUCGAGCGGAAGAUGCCCCUCCACUUGGCGAGCUCCCGGAUCCCAACAGUCUCGUCAUGCCCGCGGAAAUUCCCUUCGUACCGGCCGCACAGCGAACAACAAUCAACGAGGGAUCGAAAGCAGCCGCCCGGAAUCCAAAUGCUGGCGAAAAAAUCGUCAUUCCUGGUCGCCCAAAGUGGAAGAAAAAGAAGAAACGCAAGCUUGCUGACACAGGAAUCGAAAGCGAACCAAACCCUGCAGCACCUGAUACAGAAGGCGCUCCAGAGAUGAUUGUCAAUACUGAAAGAGUCACACAACCUGCCGACCAACAAGCCACCAUCGUGCCAUUUGAUUAUGCAUCCGCUCCGAACAUUCUGGACGCAGGUGAUGAUGGGCCACAGCCUUCAUAUUUCAGGAAACAAAAGUCGAAGGGUAGCAAGGACACAAAACCCAAGAAAGGGCGGCUGGGUCGAAAGCCAACAAUGAAAGCUGGCAACGUGUCGGUGUCAUUUUCGUAA